GAAAUCCUCCACUAAUCCCCACCCCACCCCCACUUCCUCACACAGUCAAUCUGACAGGUGACCUGUACUGUAAUUAGAUCCUCAGCCUGUUUACCGUUGCCUCCUAUGGACUUUCAAAGCUCUUUUCCUUAUUCUCCAAUUUGGCUUUUUUUGGGGGGGAAGAAUAAUUCUUCGGGCUCUCAAUGAAUCCAGAUGACUUUUUUCCUGAUCUCUCCUCGAUGUGAGAACUGUGGGUGCAUUCGGUGAAACCAUGCGUCGACUGCUCUGCGUGCAUGUAUUCCUAUGCUGCCUGAGUAUGGCUCAUCCCUUCUGUCCAUCCCAAUGCACCUGUGUCUUCCAUGGACGUACCGACGGAGCAGGAAGCAGAUCUGUAGUCUGCAAUGAUCCAGACAUGUCUGACAUCCCUGUCAACGUCCCUGUGGAUACGGUCAAACUUCGAAUUGAGAAAACUAUGGUACGGCGAAUCCCAACAGAAGCUUUUUACUACCUGUCGGACCUACGGUACCUGUGGAUUACUUACAAUUCCAUAAGCUCGGUGGAUACUGCAGGUUUCUACAACCUUAAAGUGCUCCAUGAGCUGAGGCUGGAUGGAAAUUUGAUCUCCGUAUUUCCUUGGGAGUCUCUAAAAGAAAUGCCCAGGCUGAAGACGCUGGAUUUACACAACAACAGAAUCACUACUGUUGGCAAUGAGGCAAUACCCUACCUCCGCAGCAUUACCUACUUGGAUCUAUCCAGCAACAAACUAGCCACCCUACCCUCUGACCUCAUGGAUAUCUGGCCGCCCUUCAAUGGAGCACCCAUCUCUACUGAUGUCUCCCAGAAAGUUGUAUUAGGCCUCCAAGAUAACCCCUGGUUCUGUGACUGUAAAAUCUCCAAGCUGAUUGAGCUUUCCAAAAUGACUGGCACACCAGUGGUUUUGAUGGAUCUAUACUUGGCCUGCAGUGGACCAGAGAAUUUGGCUGGUGUCGUUUUCCAGCGUGCUGAACUUGACAAUUGUGUAAAACCAUCAGUCAUGACUUCGGCAACCAAGAUCACAUCUCCUCUGGGCAGUAAUGUUCUCCUGCGAUGUGACGCCGCAGGGUUUCCAACACCAACUCUUUACUGGGCCAAGUCAGAUGGCUCACUAGUCAACAACACAGUCCAAGAGACACCUGGAGAGGGCAUCAGAUGGUCCAUCAUGAGCUUGCAUGGAAUAUUGUUCAAAGAUGCCGGGAACUACAGCUGCAAAGCCAAGAAUGUUGCCGGCAACGCAGAAGCCACCAUUUCUAUCUCAGUUGCUGGUGACUUCACUACCACCACCCUUCCACUGAAACCUAGCAUCGAAACUGAACCAACUAGCCAAGCCACAACAUUUACUCCCCCAACGGACACUCCCAGCUCGACCACCAUCACGACCACAGUUCUCCCGACAACAUCGACAACAACGACAACAACGACAACAACGACAAAAACGACAACAUCUGCCCCUAAGAAGCCGAAAACUACCACCAGCAACAGUUUACAGAAAGGCUCAUUCAAACAACCAAAAACCCAGCAAGACAGUAAUGGGAGAAAGCUUGCAGCAGACGAAAAGAGCAAGAAAAGUGAUGCAUCCAAGUCUGUCAAUGACAUUAAGAUUGUAGAGGAAACAUCUGACACUGCAGUGUUGCUCUGGACAGCAGAAGGGUUACCAAAUGAUGCCCCACUCACAGUGGUAUAUUCACCAUAUGAUGAUGAUGACAUCAAAAGGACAGUGGAGACCAAUGCUGGCAGUGGAAAAGUGCUCCUAGAGGGACUGUCCUCUGGGACGAGGUACUCAGUUUGCCUCGUAGCAAAAGGCAGUGCUGCUGGAAAAGAUCCUUGCAUUGACUUCUACACAUUGGACAAUCUAGAGGAUGGUGGGCAGAGCAAGCUUUUCAUUAUCAUAAGCGGCAUGGCCUGUGCUUUGGUUUUGUCGCUUAUUGCACUGUUGCUGUACAAGAUUCUCGCUCUGUACUGCAAGGGACGCGGCACAGGUUUAGACGCCGAAGAGCUUGAAAAAGACAGCUAUGUCAAGUUUGAGACAAUUUCAAUGAAACAUAGGACAUUGAACUCUCAUCCAACUGAGCUCUGGGCAAGGAGAGCGACUCACGAGUCAGAGCGAAUGCUCCUGUGCUCCAGGUCGAGCAUCGACUCCCAGAUGACCUAUAAGAGUGACGGUUCCCGGUCGGAGUAUCUCUGCUGACGCCAGGAAUCCAUGGCCAGAGUCCAAACGCCAUGCUAGUAACAUAUUAUAUGAAAUGCUCUUCAUAUGCCUUUUAUGACACUGAUAACCUAUUAACUAUGAAAUCAUUUAUAAAUCUUUAUGAAUAUAUUUGUUUGUUUCACCAGUGGGGCUGUAAAGAAAUUAUUUGCUGUAUUGAACACAUUUAUUCCGCAUUUUCCAUUAACUAUUAAUCUAUAAAGAUUUAUAUAAUGAUUUAGGAAAGUGUAGUUAACAUAAAAACAUUCCCUGGAGGUCUGUUGAGUGCUCAAACGAAGCUAUGGUAAAAGCCCAAUCAGAUCAGUCAAUGACUGAUAUUCUUAUUCAUAUCCUUAUUUAUUAUGGAGCCUUAUAUUUGAUAAAGACGUUUGAAUGGUUGUCACUACAGCACGGCACCUUUGUUGGACUUAUAUAAUGUAUAAAUAGUACCAUACAAAGAGUCUGUCCGUUAGCUGUGUGAGGCGUUUUAUGCUAUGCCAAAGUUUAAGUGUCAGAUAUGAAUAUCAUGUGGAGGUGUCAAAGAAGACCCAUUAUCCACUUCCCAUCACAUUUACACCAUUAUUGUUACUUUAAGCAUCAAGCUGAUUGUUGCCUUAACGGACAAGAAAGUAUGUUCAGUGUGUUUGAUAGAAUGUGUGUCUCGUCUGAUUAACGUUGCCAGUUUCUACGACUUUAUGUCUAAAUUUGUCUAUAAAUGGAGUUGUACAUUUGUAUUUAAUAAAUGUAACAAUUGUUGA